AUGAAUUCCGCACGGAAUUCAUUCGCCUCGCGUGCUCAUCUUAGCACUUUCCGCAGGCAAAUGCGAGGUGUGUUAUGUUCUCGUAAGCUAACCACAUUUCAACGAACCCUUUAUGCUAGCUUUUCUAUAUCAGCCUCUCUUCCUCUUCGUAAUAUUCCACUCAACUCAUGUAUGGGAAUCAAUCAAAUACUUUACUGCUCAAAUUCCACAGAAAAUCCAUCUAGUUGGUGGAUGCGUACCUACCACAGUGCGUUUUUUGAGCAAAAUAAACAUAUUGAUGACGGAAAUAAAGAAAAGGAGGAAUGCAGCUGUAAAAAUAUGGAAGACCUCCUUCCAACGGAAAACCAGGAAAUAAUAAAAGUUAUCCGAAGUAUUUGUACAUCACUUUCCUCCCUUCUUUUAGAAAGCUCUGAAACGGCAACCAGCGCCACGGCGUUAAAUUCGUCUUCUAAUAUAGAAUUUAUACAAGAAAUACAAGCAGUAUUGCUUUUUUUAAUCCACCAUCGGCUGCGGUAUUUUAUGAUUCCAUCAGAACAUAAAAGCAAAAAGGAAGAAGAAAAGGGAAGAAUGGAUGACCUUUACGGAAAAAUAAAUAAAGACAAACCACAUAUUGAUUCAGAAGAAAUAAGGAAUGCAUCUUACACUUUUCAAGACCCAGCGUGGGCUCUCAAGCUAUCGGAAGUAAAUAAUACGAACGAAAAGGCAUUUGUCAGACUGCAGCGUGAGGAUCAUGAGCGGCUGGAUGAUUUAACCACUCCAGUUGAUUCAGUAGCAUUAUUAAAUAUUAUAAAUCUUGUCGAAGUGAUUAACUCAAUUUUGGAUUUACCUUUAGUGCCAAUUACAAUGCUCUAUAGUACACAAAGCAUACUCUACGAACUCUUGUUGUCAGCACUGAGUGUGGUGGAACAGCUGCCAAGCUCUACAAUUGCAGUGAUAGCAACUUGCAUGGCAAAAUGUGCAGAAGGUUACUCCUUGAGGCUUCAUUUAGAAUCUUUUUCAGCUACUAAUAGAAUACAAAUCUCUUGGGAUGAGGAGAAAAUUUAUUCUAAUAAGAGUAUGAAGCAUAUUUUGCAUGCUUAUCUUGAUCAAGAUGCGCUUUUAGCUACUCAGGCGGAACAAGUGACUAAAUAUCUCGCUGACUUCCAGCCGGGGGUGAACCCAGUGAUGGUGAUUUCUCACCUCAACAUAUUGUGCAGUGUAGUGCGGAACAGAAUAGAGGAUUCUAUCACCUUAGAGUACUCCAAAUGGAAAAAAGACUCGAUCUCAAGCGUCCAAAACAAGAAGUAUGAAGAUACCCCAGAUGAAAAUGCAAAAUAUUUAAGGAAAAAAGAAUUUUGGGAUCGUGUGAGCGUCUCUUCAGCUUCGGAUACCCCGCUAGUUGAAAAUAUAGAGCGCAGGCAAUGUGCGGAGGAAGCAAAGCUAAGCUUACUUUGCCUUGAAGAACGCAAGAAAAAAAAAACAGAAGGAACUUCAACAUGGCGUAGACGAGCUGUUGGCAACUUUAUCCAUGAAAAAGGAAAAUCUUCUUCGAGCAAUCCGUAUGAUCACGCUAUUUCAGAAGGUUCAACUAUAGUAAAUAACUUUGUGGGUUUAAAUCCGAUGGAAUCAAGCAAAUCAAACGAGCUACGUGAAAUAACUUUAAGCGAGGUAGCUGAAAUCAGCUCCGCAAUGGGUUUUUUGCGACAUACAGAUGCAAGUUAUUGGAAUUACGCUACAUGGUUCACUUGUUUGAAGCUCACCUGCAUUGAAAUGGAGGACUUCAACGGGGAUAAUGAUAGUAGGGGUUUGAAUUUAGUAUUUAAGGAAAUCCGUAAUAUUGCUUAUGCCUUAGAUUACGUUCGUCAAGCCAAAAACUACACCCGUCUCAUGGAUGAGUUAGUGCGAAUGAAGUUUAUCACAGAACCCGUACCAUCACCUUCGAUAAAAGUUCAGGCAAUGCAAAGUGGUGUUCAAUAA